CCAAUCCUACAACAAUUCCACAUCGAGACUGUCUUCUGGCGCAUGUUAGCAUUUUCGGCUCGCAGCAAAAUCAUAGCGCGUGAGCCUCACGCGCCUGAGUCUUCUUCCUGCAACCUUUGUUGUUGCUCUCUCUCCUAUCCAGCUCCACCUUCCAGAUUGUGUUCCUUCUUUCGGAUCGUGUUUAGUUUUGAUCGAAUUUUGGCGUUAUGAUGAGAAGAAGAGAUGAAAUAUGUGCCCCUAAGAUACCAACCCUGGUUGACCUUUGCGUUCAGAAAGUGAUAGAUAACGUAAGGUACCUUGGAAAUGUUGGUUAUGUUGAUCAGCAUCUGCUUGAGCGAAUCUUGCCACACUGCACUGUUGACCAAUUGAUGCAUGUGGAAAAGUCCACAAAGGGAAGAGAUCUCAGCCCUAUAACUGAUAAGUUGUGGAAGAAGUUUUUUGAAAAGCAGUUUGGCACAAAUUCCACUAAUGAAGUGGUUAAGAGGAUGAAAGAAAAGAAAGUUUCAUUUAAAUGGAUUCAGUUGUACGAGGCAAAAGGAAAGGAAAUGGCUCAGGUUGAGAAUGAAGCACUUGAUCGAAUCAAGCAACUGUACAAAAAAGAAGAUGCAAGAAAACAGAGCAGGCAAGUAAGGCCAUGCACUAAAGUUCCACCUUCAAGUAAAAGAAGAUUUUGGGGAGAUAAUGGACCUGGAUAUAAUGUGGCAAAUGUGAAGAGCAACAUAAUGAAGAAGGCGAAGAUAGAAUUUAUGAAGAGUCAAGAGGUAAAGAAUAUUGCAGCAAUGAAGAAAAAUUCUAUCCAGAGGAGUCAAAGUUCAUCAAGUGUCCCGAAAAGCAGAAACAUUUCUGGAAUUGGUUCAUCUUCCAAGGAUAUUAAAUCUACAAAAAGGAUAUUUUAAGGGCAGCCCUAAAGAUAGAAAUGUCAUGUAUUAAUUUGCUUUUCAAGUGUAACAUUUUCAAGUGUAACAUUUUUCUUGAUGAUAAGAAAAAAUGGCUUCCUGCUAAGCAA